UUAGUAGGCCUAAAGAAAAACAUUCCAAAAAGAUCCAAAAGAUCCAGACAAUCUGCCGAACCCACCCAGCUACCGGUAGCCAGAUCGCCUUCUCAAAUUCGGCAUCCCUCCACAACCCAACCUCCCAAAAGACCUUCCCAACUCGAAGAAAGAAGAUAGUUGUGACCAUGGUGCUCUCUGUUAGCAGACUUGCAGCGGCUCGUAUGCCCUUGAAGAACUGCCUGUUUCAGCAGCAAGCUUCGUCUCCCUGGCGAGCAACAGCUGGAAUGGCCAGGCAAUUCUGCAGCAAAGGCGGCGAUAAAACUCCCACUGACCCUGCAUUGGAGCGGUUGUUCAAGCACAAUCGUGAGUGGGUUGAUAAGGUUAACAAGGAAGACCCCAAUUUCUUUCCCAAAUUGGGAUCUGGUCAAUCUCCUGAGUUUCUCUACAUUGGCUGCUCGGAUUCCCGUGUGGAGAUCAGUAGUUUGAUUGGAUUGGAAAUGGGAGAACUUUUCGUCCACCGCAACAUUGCCAACAUGGUUGUCAGCUCUGAUCUCAAUCUACUGGCUGUGAUGACAUAUGCUGUGGAGCACUUGAAAGUGAAACACAUUCUCGUUACCGGUCAUUAUGACUGUGGUGGUGUUCGCGCUGGAAUGGGCAACAAAGAUAUUGGACCUGUGUUGGAUGCGUGGGUGCAGAACAUUCGAGAUGUCUACCGAUUGCAUCAGGAUGAGCUGGAUGCUAUUGUGGAUGACGAAGCACGCCAUCGCCGCCUUGUUGAGUUGAAUGUGGCCGAGCAAUGUCUGAAUGUUUACAAGACUGCAGUCGUCCAAAAGAGGCGAUAUGAGACACAUGCCGAUCCUGAGGCUCCGUUUGCUUAUCCAAGAGUUCAUGGACUGGUGUUUGACCCAGCCACUGGCCUCGUUUCCAAGGUUCCCUCCGAUUACCGUCGUACUGUCAAGGUGUUGAGGGGUAUGUACGAUCUCUUUGAUGAAAAAGACUUCAAGGCUCCCAAGGGCUUCCUUCUCAAAAAGAAGUAAACAAAACAGUGGAAGAAAAAACAAAGAGAUUGUGGCGGGAACGGUUGCUUCUGACUGUUUGUUUUGGAUUUUGUGUGGAGAGUACCGGUACCAUAGGAUGAAAGAAGUCCUAGUAACACCAAGGCAUUUUUGCAGUAAUGCCCUUGAACAAUCUAACUAGCUAGCUGUGUAGUGAUACUCAAGUUUCUAGGUCCCCAGUUUUAUUCU